GAGUAAAAAGUAACUCUCUUUCCCGCGUCCCGCGGAGCAUCAUGCAUUUGGCUUAAGAAUUUCGGAAUUCAAUAUAACUCCAAAGAAAAACUGAAAAAUUAAUUGAAAAUGCAGAACAAGGAAAAGGAGGAGGAGAGGUUUCAAUUGCAGGCACUGGAAAUAUGCGAACCCGAUGCCAGCUUCGAUCCCACAAAACCGCCAGAGACGGGCGAAGAGUAUCUAACGCAUAUGCUGUACGAGAGGAAACGUUGCCCGGCUGUGGUCACCAGGAAAUGUCAGGUGAAAACCACGACAGCAAAUGGUAAUCAACACACGAAUCAUUCACUGCCAAUGCUGGAGAAUCUACCGUUGUGUGGUCACAGACUUUUGCUGCCCACACCCGAGUGGCAGGAUGCCCAAGUGGCCAGCUUUCAGGCGGCCCGCUCUCGCGUUUUGACACUGCGCCGUGAGUUGUCCGCCCAGAACUACGACCAAUCUGUUGAGCCACCAUUGACCACUGAAUCCGAGAAGUGGCAAGAGUUCUGCAAGCAGCAACAGCCAUUGCUAAGCACAUUGCUCCGCCUGAGUCAAACUGAUUUGGAGCAUUUGCUGGAAAUGUAUGCCACAUGGCUGCCCCAAUCGGAGGCAGAUGUGGCUAAUGGGAAUGGGAACAGCAACCGCAGCAUUGAUCUGCGGCGUGAUGUGUGGCUAGCCCAUUGGCUUUAUGGCACAUUGGUGUGCUUGCAUCUUCCUCUGGAACCGUAUGUCUUCAGUACAUUGCGCUGCAUUGCACGCUCCUGCAUCCAGUUGAGGAAUCAAUUGACUGGCGAGCAAGUGGACCGCGCUGCUCCCUAUAACCUAAUCAUCACUCUCAUUGUUCACGUCUUUGCCCAGACUGAUUUGAAGGCAUAUCUUCUAGAAACAACAAAGGACUGAAUUUAUCAAUGGUCAAUUAAUUAAUCUCUAUAAUGUAAGAUGUAAGUGUUUCGUUCCAUUACCACAGCCCAGAAUAUAUAAAUAGCAUAAGCAUAA